AUGAACCUGUGGUUUCUGCCGCCCUCCCUCCAGAGCUUCCGCGCGGCGCUGCAGGCACGGCCCGACUAUGCGGCCGGCCAGCUGCACUUUGGCGACGCCCUGCUCAAGCACGGCAAGCACACCGAGGCGGUGGGCGCAUUCGAGGCGGCGCUGGCGUUGCGGCCGCAGGGCUACCACGCCGCGUCGCACAACUUGGGCAGCGCGCUGCACGCGCUCGGCGACUUUGAGGGGGCGGAGCGCCACUUUCGCGCCGCCGCCGAGCUGCGGCCGGCGGCGCCCAAAGGCUGGAACGCGCUCGGCCUGGUGCGCAUGGCGAUCCCCGGUCGAAGAGCGGAGGCGAGGGCCGCGUUCGAGGAGGCGCUGCGACUCAUGCCGGCGUCGCAGGAGUACGCGGCCAAUCUCGCGAAUGCCGCUGAUGAGCCGAAAGCGGAAUUGUGA